AUGCUUUAUCAAAAUCAACUCGUGUACUUAUUUCUGAUUUCAAUUACAGAAAUAAUCUCACUACCGACUCAAAUAUUACCAUGCGAAGAUUCACCGGAAGAUUGUCUACAGAGUCAACAGCACCUAUUCGAUUCGCUAUCAACAACGAAUUCAACAUAUGUAUCAACAACGAGGUUCUACGCUAAACGAAGUCCAACCAGUUUUAAUCUUAACCGUUUUGCCAUCAUAAUCGCGUGCACUGUUCUCGUCAUAGGAGCUGUUCGUAUAUGCUUUCUAUUAUGCAAGCAGUCAGCUCGUUGUACUACUCCUCGUCGUCGAAGCACGAUUCGUCCAGAAAUAUCGACAAUUGAAGAAAGUCAAUUCAAGCCAGAUCUACCUCCGGCAUAUGCCGCAGCAAUAGAAAAUCAUGAUUCAAAUGAAAAUAAACUACCGUCGUACGAUGAAGUGAAUAGCGUACAACAACAUUCACAUAAUACAGUACGAGCGCAAAUGUAA